AUGGUCAAACUGGUAUUCUCCUCCAUGAUUUUGCUGGCAGCAUCCCGCUUCAGUGCUGCCUUUGUGCCUGCGGCCCGCACCUUUGGCAGUCGCAGUGGCACAGCUAUUUUUGGAAGUGACAGUGACUUUGAUGAUUUUUCUUCCAAGGUGGCCUUCAUGUUCCCUGGCCAAGGAGCUCAAUUUGUGGGCAUGUGUGCUGAAGUUGUCAAAGAUGUCCCUGCUGCCAAGUCUCUUUUUGAUGAAGCCAGUGAAAUCUUGGGAUAUGAUUUGCUAGAGGUCUGUACUGAAGGACCAAAGGAAAAGUUGGAUUCCACAGUUAUUAGUCAGCCAGCAAUUUUCGUGGCCAGCAUGGCAGCUGUUGAAAAACUCAAACAAGAGGAAGGACAAGAAGCUCUGGAUGCUGCCACAUGUGCCAUGGGAUUGAGUCUGGGGGAAUACUCAGCCCUUUGCUUCUCUGGUGCUCUUUCCUUUGCUGAUGGAGUCAAGAUCACAAAAGCUCGAGGUGAAGCCAUGCAAGCUGCCUCUGAUGCCGUAGACUCAGGUAUGGUUUCGGUCAUUGGACUUGACAGUGAAAAGGUCAAGGAUCUAUGUGCCAUGGCCAGUGAAAAAUCAGGAGAAGAAAUUCAAAUUGCCAACUACCUGUGCAAGGGUAACUACGCUGUCAGUGGAGCAUCUGCUGCCUGUGACUCUGUUGCAGAAUUGGCCAAGCCUGAAUUCAAGGCUCGCAUGACUGUCAAGCUUGCUGUUGCCGGUGCUUUCCAUACUGAUUUCAUGGCUCCCGCUGUUUCUUCUCUGGAAGAUGUCUUGGCUGAUGUGGAAAUCAAGAAACCUCGCAUUCCAGUGAUCAGCAAUGUUGAUGCCAAGCCCCACUCUGACCCUGAUGCUAUCAAGAAGCUGUUGGCCACUCAGGUCACUUCACCUGUUCUCUGGGAAAACACCAUGGACCUAAUGCUUGGAAAGGACUUUGAGCAGGCAUACGAAUUGGGACCAGGAAAGGUUACUGCUGGAAUUUUGAAGCGAUUCUCUAAGACCGCUCCAUGCACCAAUAUUGAGGUGUAA